AUGACACUUUCGUCUCUUCCACGCAAUCAUAAACACAGAUGUCGUACGGGUGGGAACAGCAGCAGCAGCAGCAGCACCAGUAUGGGGGCGGUGGCUGGGACGACCAGAGCAGCAACUUCUCAUAUGACAUGGGAUCAGCAGACUUUGGGCAGGACCAGGCCUUCCAGAGUUUUGAGUAUGGCAGCCAAGCGACAGGGGCAGGAGGGCAGGCUGGUGGGGAGCAGCAGGCAUCCUUCUUCACCCCUGGACCUUCCAUCAUGACCCCUGGGCCUGGCAUGGACUCCCCUGGGCCUGGCACAUACCCACUGGAGGGGGAGGAGGACGAGCCGCCACUGCUGGAAGAGCUCGGCAUCAACCCUGACGCUAUCCUGCAGAAGACCCUCACUGUCCUGAACCCUCUCCGCCGCACAGACCCUUGCAUCCUGCAGGACACCGACUUGGCAGGACCCUUGGCUUUUUGCCUGGCCCUCGGGAGCUUCCUGCUGCUGUCGGGUAAGGCACAAUUCGGCUACAUCUACGGAAUAGGGAUGCUGGGCUGUGCCUCCAUGUACGGGCUUCUCAAUGCAAUGUCCAUGGCGGGAGUGGGCCUAGGGGUGGUGGUCAGCGUGCUGGGGUACUGUCUGCUGCCCAUGGUGGCCCUGGCAGGGGUCAGUGUCCUCAUGUCCCUACGUGGGGCUGUGGGUGUGGGCUUGACGGCUGCCUCCAUCAUCUGGUGCUCUAUUUCCGCCUCCAAGCUGUUUGUGACAAGCCUUGCCAUGGACAGACAACAGCCCCUCGUGGCUUACCCCUGUGCCCUCCUGUACGCCGUCUUUGCCCUCAUCACUAUUUUCUGAGGGAUUGUGAUUGUGAGGCAGUGACAAACCCGGGGCAAGGCUGUGGAAGAUGUGGGAUGCUGCGUGGGGGAGAACAGAACAAGGGGACCACUGGGAAGACUGAAAAAUACUCUCUCUCUCUCUCUCUCUCUCUCUCUCUCUCUCUCUCUCUCUCUCUCUCUCUCUCUCUCUCUCUCUCUCUCUCUCUCUCUCUCUCUCUCUCUCUCUCUCCUUUAUUCAUAUUUCUUUCUUUUCUUUUAUUAAUCUUGCCAGAGAAAGAGAGAGAGAGCAAACUAUUUCUAAGCUUGUAAACAACGUUGUAACUUACUCCCAGUUCAAUACAUUCUGCCAAAUUCUUA